CGCCUCCUCGUUGACGCUCUUAGCUCGGCCUGUGAUAGGUCAAAGCUCAGUGCGGCUCCGCCCAAGUUCGGUUGCCCGGCAGCGUCAUGGAUGCUGAAGUGAGGAGCGACGGAAACGCGAGGGCAGGAGGCUGAACGCGCAGGGAAAUGAGUGGCGACUUUCCGGCUCCGGAGGAUCCCGAAUAAAUUACUGUGUUUGAGAGCGAGAGCCGCAAGCCGGAGCUGCAUUUUGUACAAUUGCGACGCGUGACAUAAAGAAGGAGAAGGAAGGGGAGAGACAGAGAGAGAGAGAGAGAGAGCGCGAUCGGAAGGUGCGAGCCGCGCGCGCGCCCACUCCCGCAAAUAGUACACGGAGCUCGAGGUGCUCGUAGCGAUCCGACUCUGGAAACAGGAGUGUGACCGUUUCCGGUGGCGUCUCAGGCAGGGAUAAAGCGCGUGUGAAAGCUGCGUGAAGAUCCGCGAUGAUGCCGAGCCACAAAACAACGCACUGCGUUUGACGCGUGCACCGAGUUGGAGCUGGACAUGCCCGAUUCCCCCUGUCAUAAUACCCUUAAAUACCACACUCAGUUAUUUAUAUUACUGGGUGCUUUAUUAAACCAUCACCCGGAUUGAGAUCGCACCGGCUCACGAGCGCGCCUCUGUGACCGAGUGAACUGGGAGUGAAACAUAUAUAUCUCGGGAUUGGCAGUGGAGAUAUAUCCAUGAUCGAUAGAGAAAUAAAUGAUUAUUGCCCGUGUGUAAGAGCGCGUGCAGUGCAGCUCGGGUGUGCAUGCAGCUCGUGCAGGUAAUUUGUGAGUCUGUUUCACGCGCGCGUGCUGUCAGUUUUUUCGUGCAUUUAUGAAUGCAAUAACAGGAGACACUGAUGCGUUGCACGAAAAGUGACCACGUGAAAGGGACAGCAAUGUGGCCUAACGCUGAAGAAAGUUUAAUCUGAAACCCUCCCCAGAUAGAAAGAGGGGGGGGAGGAAAAGGUGUGACUCUUGGCUGAAAGGCUCUGAACCCGUGGCAUGAUCGGAGUUUAAUCGGAGUCACCGAGGCCACGCAGAAAGAGGAUUGCACCGGAUUAGUGCGCAACUCCUGCCGCGUUCAGAGCGAAAGGCUCGCGAUGGGGUUGUUUUGAUUCGCGCUGUUUCAGGCACCGGAUCAGUUGCUGCACGCGGUGGCGCGGUCCAAUCAAAAAACAAUCCUCACACACCUCUCUUCAGCAUCUCGAGCACGGGCCGGAAAAAAAAUGACUCGAGCAUCCAAACGGACGUCACUGUGUGACUUGUGAGCGCGUGUACGUGCGUGCGUGCGUGUGUGUGUGUGUGCGUGUGUGUGUGCGGCUUAAAUCCCAGCGCGCGCUCCGAGUCGGACCUGUUGAAGCGGCGCUGCUCGGCGCGGAAUGUCGGUGAGCACGAGCCCGGUGUGGCGGAGGUGAGCGCGCGCUGUCCGUUUGCCCCGCGCUCCGGCUCGCUGCGAGGAUGCUGCGCUUCCCGGUGAAGAAAAUCAGGAAGCAGUUCAAGCUGCUACUGUUGCUGGUGCUGCUCACUUUCGCCGUGUGGUUUACCUACCUGCACAUCAACCAGGGCAAAUCCAUCCGACUGCACUUCAACUACGGCAAAGAUGGAGAGAGGCAAGCCGAAGGGACUGACGCCAGCCACAAGAGAAACUCACGCUCCUCAGACAGCCAUCACAAGAGUGAGGAUGCCAGCGACAGCCAUGAAGAAGACACAUCGGAGGACGAGCUUCACGUCACUGCAGCUGACAGAGAUCAGUCUGAGAUCCUGAAGUUCCUUGCGAAGAAGCACAAGAAGUUGCCAUGGAAACCUGAGUAUAAGGGUCAGGCAAACCUGCAUGUGUUUGAAGACUGGUGUGGCUCAUCUACCACUCACCUCAGAAAGAACCUUCAUUUUCCUCUCUAUCCCCAUACAAGAACUGUAGUGAAGAAACUGGCUGUUGCUCCCAAAUGGAAAAACUACGGCUUGAGAAUAUUUGGCUACAUUCAUCCAUACAAAGACGGGGAUUUCCAGUUUGCGGUGGCCUCUGAUGAUAACGCAGAAUUCUGGUUGAGUUCAGACGAGAGCCCACUUAACGCCCGUCUGCUGGUCUAUGUGGGCCAGUUGGGGUCAGAGUGGACUGCACCAGGGGAGUUCACCAAAUUCAGGUCUCAGGCUUCCAAAUCUGUCCAUCUCAUCGCUUCCAGAAGGUACUACUUUGAGAUUCUGCACAAGCAGGAUGACAAGGGCUCAGAUCACGUCGAGGUUGGGUGGCGACCUUUCCUGCCAGGCUUAAAAUAUGAGGUCAUUGAUUCUGCAUAUAUCUCCCUGUACACAGAUGAGAGUGGUCUGAAGAUGAACAGCGUGGAGCACGUUCCUCAGACGCUUGCCAGCCACAGUCGACUCCCUAUGGAGACUCGGAGCAGCAGGCAGCACGGCGCCGACAUGCUGAAACCUGACCCCCGCGACACCUUCUUCAGGACACCGAUGAUUGACCCUUCUCGGCUGGAGAAUGUGCUGCCACCUUGUCUCUACUCACCCACGUAUGUGGUUAAAGACUUUCCCAUCGCACGCUACCAAGGCCUGCAGUUUGUGUAUCUAUCCUUCAUCUAUCCCAAUGAUUUCACCCGGCUAACACACAUGGAACGGGAGAACAAGUGUUUCUAUCGGGAGUCACCCAUUUAUCUGGAGAAGUUUGGCUUCUACAAAUACAUGAAAAUGGAUGAAGAGGAGGAUGACAGGCCAUUCUUCUUCCCCAACCCUGAUGAUUUUCUUGAAGAGGAGGAAGGUGUGGAUCCUGAGGAUGAAGAAGAGAUUGUGGGCACUCCACCAUCAAAACGGAUCACGCACCCCAGCCAGACCAGUCACACCUCAAGCCCUUCUUAUAAAUCAGGGUCCGUGUCAGCCAGGAAGGAGGAAGGUGUGCAGCUAAAAAAGGCAGUACUGAGAGAACAGAGAUACUUCCACAAGGAUGAGACACUCAAUAGGGAUUGGAGGAAAGGGACUGAGCCAGAUGAGCUUGAAAGACAGCCUCAUUUGGCAAAGAUGGAGGAUAUUCAGGAUGAGAAUGUAGUGCACGGCCGCUCGUUGUCUUGGAUUCAGAACCACAAAGAAGGUCUGAAAAGAAAGGAACACACUCCUAAACUGAGUCGAUCCUCCCUUCUGUUCCCACAGAAAUCGUCCUUCACAGCACUCACCAGCCGAGCUAAGCAGCUUCUGACCAACUCCGCACACGCUGGCCGUAAAGACAAUGCACAUCGCGAUAAUGGGAAAAGCCACCCAAACACAAACAAGGAGCGCAAGAAAGACAAUAAAAUCUAUAUCACCCGGCCCCGGCCUGGAAAUGAGAAAAAAAGUCAACAUCGUGAGGUAUUUCCUGGUUUUCUCUAUCACAGUGGGAAAACCACCAAAUUAAUGAAUCUUAAUUCCAAGCCUAAAGUGAGAAAAAGCAUCCUUGGGGGUCCUAAGUUUCUUGCCAGGCCACCUCAUAAAGAAAACAGAGCCCUUCCGUUGAACUCAAACUCUAGCCAUCAGAGUGCGGUUCAGCUGGCCUCCAGCAAGGCACUGCUCACUAAUCACACAGAACAGAGCAAAUUGGCAGCUACACCAGCUACUUCUAGUUUUCAGCCUGCAUUUUCGGUUACUCCUCCCUCCUUCCACAAUAUAUCCUCUGAAAAUGCUCUACACACCGAACCUCCCCGGUUCACCUCCUACCUCCGGACUACUGAGAUCACUGAGACUCAGGUGAAUCGAGCAGAGAUAGAACCUGAGCUGGAAGAAGAAGGCGACCUAUCAGAGUACAGCUACGAAGAGGUUGAGCCGCGGCCAGGCUGGGCUGAAGAGGCCAUUAAUUGGCAGAGGACAUUUUCCGUCAACAGUAUGGACUUUGAGACGUUGCGUUCUGACUGGAAUGAUCUGAGGUGUAAUGUCUCAGGCAACCUGCAGCUUCCUGAGAGCGAGGUGGUGGAUGUGCUUGCCCAGUACAUGGAGAAAUUAAAUGAGCACAACGGAGGUAUCUACACACUUUUGCGGAUUAUAAACGUGGAGAAGAGGCGUGACUCAGCAAGGGGGAAUCGCUACCUGAUUGAGCUGGAGCUGAUGGAGAGGGGCAGGAAUGUAGUGCGUCUGUCUGAAUACAUCUACCUCUUACUGCACCGUGGCCGGAUUGAGGAUAGUCUGGAAACUAGUGAUGGGGUCACUGGCUCACCCCCCUCCGCUCCAAUCUCACCCAGACCCUCUGCCUCCUCUCAGCCACUCGCUCGCACUGUCCGUGCGACCCCACGACCUGGGACAGUCUUUGCCAAGCCACUGCUCUGUCAGCCGGUCAUGCUGCAGUGGAAAAGAGAUGUCAUGGUGCACUUCGUAGUGCCUGUAAAGAACCAGGCUCGCUGGGUCCAACAGUUCAUCAGUGACAUGGAGCUCUUGCACCACGAGACAAAGGAUGAGAACUUCAACAUCAUCAUCGUGGAUUUCCAGAGUGAUGACAUGGACAUAGAGCAGGCUCUGAGAGAAAGCUCUGUGCCAAGAUAUGACUAUCUGAGGAGGGAGGGGAAUUUCGAACGCUCAGCUGGAUUGCAGAUUGGAGUGGAUACUAUUGAGGACAGUCACAGUAUUCUGUUCCUGUGUGAUUUGCACAUUCACUUUCCGCUCAACAUCCUGGAGAGCAUCAGGAAGCACUGUGUGGAGGGCAGGCUGGCCUUCGCUCCGAUCGUCAUGAGGCUGGGAUGUGGAAGCUCUCCGCAAGAGCCCGAUGGAUACUGGGAGGUGAAUGGCUUUGGCUUGUUUGGAAUUUAUAAAUCUGACUUUGACAAAAUCGGUGGUAUGAACACAGAGGAGUUUAAAGACCGCUGGGGAGGAGAGGACUGGGAACUGCUGGACAGAGUGCUACAGAAUGGCCUUGAAGUGGAGAGGUUGAGAUUGCGGAACUUCUUUCACUACUAUCACUCUAAAAGAGGCAUGUGGAACUCCCAAAUAAAAAAGAGCUCAAAAGGCUAACACACAUCCCAUACAUAUUUAAAUACAAAAGCGAAAGACUUCACUUUAACUGAUGGGUUAUCCUGAGCAGUCCCAUGUCCUCUGACUUUUAUGAACCAUGCAGGAGGGAUACACACAUGGACACAGCCUGGCUACCUUUGUGUAUGCACUUCAGUCCUACCCAAGAGCACCACUGGACUCUUCUUUGUGCGUUAUCAGUGUGUAUGAAGGUGUGUGAGAUUCUUUCUAUGUAAGGAGUGGAAUUUUCUUAUACUUGAAGUAACCAUGAUUGAACAUUUUUACAAAAAGUGAAGGUACGUGCAGCUAAAACAAGCUGCCUAAAGAAAGUGCUCUGCACCAGUGGCUAGUGCGCCGUAAUGAUAUCAAGUUCAAUUUCAGGAGAAAUUAUAGAGAAGUUGCUUGAUGUGUGCCUCAUCAUGCUGUAUAAUAUGAAGGUAACUGUGUAGAAGCUUAGCACUGUGGGUAGAUAUGACCUCUAUGGGUAUAAGAGGUUUUUUUUAAGCUACAGCACUGAUUCCUGUUGAAGUGCAGACUAAUGUUUAUGUAUUCCUUGAUCUGUAUUCACAUCCUUAUAUCUGCCAGCAGAGGGUGACACUGAAAUCCUAAAAAAAAUGAAUGAGUAUAUAUGUAGUGGACAGGAUAAAGCUUAUAUGCUGAUGUGUAAAGAGUGGAAAUGGGAGUGUUUCAGCUUGCCACCCAUUCAUUUUUGAUACAGAGAUGGGACGUGGUAACUCACUGGUUAAGACAUUGGCUAUUAGGAUGUCCAAUGAUUUUGUUGUGAGUUCAAAUCCCAGCACUGCCAAGCUGCCACUUCUGGGUACUGAAGUAAGGUCCUUAACCCUCAACUGCUUAGUUGUAUAAAUAGUAUAGUUAUAAGUCACUCUGGAAAUGGUUGUCUGCCAAAUGGCAUGCAAAAAAUGCAGCAUUGGCAAAAACCCAACACUUUUGUCACAUGACAUAUGACUUUACCGUAUCCGAAUAAGUCAGUUACCCGUCUAUCUGCAUGACUGUUUAUCCUGCAGGAAAAUAUCACAUUUGAUCAUAAUUCAAACCAUAAGAUUUAAGCAAGCCAGCUGCCAAGGAUGCAUCUACUUUUUAUCUAAAUUUUUAUUUUAAAAAUAUAAUAAUAAUAAAUUAAUAUAUUAUCAAUGUCUGAUGAAAAAGCAUUCCAUAUUGUUAUGUUAAUUACAUGGAAUGCAUUUUUACCUGUUUGUACCCAAACAGUAUUCCAUAUACUGUAAAUUGAUGCCACUUCUUGUUCUGGGAUUUGUGUUUAAAUGUGAAAUCAGUUUAUUUUAAUUCAGAUCAUGGUGCCAUUUUAAUUAGUAAACUAUACCUGCCCAGCCUCUGACACCCCAGAAUCUGUAAGUAAGGUUCAAAUAAAUCAUAGAUUUCAACCAUUAUCAUCCAACAUCAGAAUUAAGACACAUUAAUUGGCAUUUCAUGCUUUUUUCACUACUAAACUAGUAUUCUGACUUGUAAGCCUAGGCAACAGAUGCAUGUAAUGUUUUUAAUUAGCAGUGAACUACAUCUCUGACUUUACCUUUACAAAUAGCAUGUAACAGCACAUCCAAGACAUUUUAUCUAGCUGUUGAUCAAAUUGAUCUAAAAAACCAUCUCAUCAAACACGAGGCGUGUUCGAUUUCACUAUAAAUGAUUCACACAUUAACACACACUUUAAAACAUGUGCUCAUGCAUGUUUUUUCUAGGCGGUGGGAGGAAACUGAGUCAAAUACACAGUGACCUGAGAUCAGGAUUGGACUUGUGUAGAUGUGGGAAGGGUCAAAAACAUUUUCACUUUACUUUAUUGUGUUUGGCAGGCAAUGUAUCCAGAGUGUUGUGUAAUCUCUAGUAAAAACACAUCAUCAUGCUAGUUUUAUAUGCCAGGGAUUAAGAGUAGCAUCAAUCUCAAUACCCUGCUGCUGAGGCUAAUAACAGUAUGACAAAACCCAAAACAAGGAAAGUACUCCAGCCAGCCACUAGAGAGCACCAGAGACACGCUGUCCACCACAUAUACAGUCAUUCAUUAUGCACUACUGUUGUAAAUGGCUAACCAGGUUUCCUUCUCCUGAAUACACUGAAUAGUUUAAAAAUCCUGCUAACUCUCAUUUAAACUGAAGAUUGAAACUGCUAAAAAUCUGCCAUAGCAUUUCAUUUAUUUGUAUUUUUUGUUUGUCAAAUUACUUACAAUUUGUCCUGAAAAAAAAAAAAUAGCAACAACAACAACAACAUAGACUUCGAGUUCUCAGAUGCAAAAAUGCACACUGGCUUGUGUUGAGAGACAGCCUAAAGCUCUUGUAUAGCUAUAGAUCAUUUUACAGUGAGCUGUUACUGUAGUCUAGAGACUUUCCAGUGGGCAAAUUCUGUCUUCUCCCAUGUGUGCCUUUUCUUUUUGGUGUUUUCUUGGCUGAUGGUAGUAAACUGGAAUUGAUGUGUUUUAAUGGAUUUCUAUCUGAUUAUAUGAUAAUCCAAAAUUCUGUAAUGUUGUAACAUUUCAAGGAGGAGAAAUGUGGGUCUGAGUUUCACAAGAAAUGUCACUGGAAUUGUAUGGCAGCUGUAUGCAAAGGUGACACUGAUACAGAGUUUUAUGCCCUAUAUUUCUGAAGUAAUGCAGUAUUUACACUGACAGGAAUGACCAAGGUGCUAAAGAUGUGUGGAACCGAUCAGCACAUUUUACACUUUGUGUCAUUCCAUAACGUUAUAUUACAGCUAACUCUGUUUACACGCUGCUGGUACGCUGUUUGUUGGCAAAGAAAGCCACAAACUGUACAUCGAAAGCUGUCUUUUUUUCAUUCAUUAAAGCUUUCUUUGUGCCCUAUCUUAACGAAUGAGUCCUGCAAUCCUGCAGUUUUAGAAAUCAGAGGAAGAGACCGAAUCAUUUUGAAUUCAAACAGGGAUCUAUAUUUCGAAGUAAUUUCUGUGAAAUUGUUGUGUAGAUAAAUUUAAGAAUGUAUUGUAUUAUUUUCAUUUUCAGCUUUUUGGUUAUUUUUUUGGAAGAAUAAAGUUUUAUGCUGAA